AUGUUAGGGAGCAUUGACUGUAUACAUUGGAAAUGGGAGAAAUGUCCAAUUGCAUGGCAUAGGAUGUAUACUGGUCAUUGUCGGGAACCAACUAUAGUUCUAGAGGCGGUGGCUUCACAAGAUCUUUGGAUAUGGCAUGUCUUUAUUGGAAUGCCUGGAUCAUUAAAUGAUAUUAAUGUUCUUGAUCGGUUACAUAUCUUUGCUGCACUUGCUGAAAGUCGUAUUGUUCCUGUCAAUUAUACAAUUAAUAGGCAUGAAUAUACAAUGGGAUACUAUUUAGCAGAUGGGAUUUCUCCUAAUUGGUCAACCUUUGUAAAGACAAUCCCAAGACCAUUAGGAGCAAAGAGAAAAUAUUUUGCAAGCAACCAAGAGUCUGCAAGAAAAGAUAUGGAGUGGGCAUUUGGGGUGCUCCAAUCUCGUUUUGCAAUUGUACAUGGACUUGUUCGAUACUGGGAUGAAGAAAUACUUGCAUAUAUUAUGAAAGCUUGCAUAAUAAUGCAUAAUAUGAUUAUUGAGGAUGAAGGAGCAAUGAACCUUGGAUUUGACCAUGAACAUGAAGUCAAUUCCUUUAUAUCAGUGUCACAUGCCUUCUGA